ACAAGUACGAUGCCCAAAAGAAAGCGGGCAGAGCCGUCAGGCUCGAAGUCUCCCGAAUCAACGGCCGAUCCCUCCCUCGCCCGCCGCAAAAAACAAUGCACACAGCGCAUUGCUGCUGCCCAAAAGCCUCUCGUGGCCGCGCUCCGCAUCGCCGCCGGCCUCGAGCGCCAGAAGCACAGUCGCAGGAAGAAGACGGUGCAGUCGAAUAAGGAUUCAAAGGGACUGGCGCGGAUAGAAGCCGAGUAUGCGCAUCUGAAGAGCUUGGAUCUUGAGAAGGUCGCAGACCAACAUCUGCGCAAGACGUUUGCCAAAGUCAAGACUCUGAGGGAGAGCGGGUGCAUGCCGGAGAGCGUUGGGGAAGUCGAGAAAGGGAGCAGUGAUGCCGCGUCGCUGAAUGUGAAGGGGAGGUUGUUCAAGGUGGAUGCGGUGCGCAAGGUGGUGGACGAGCUGAUUGACGAGUUGAAGGAGAUUGUUGGGGCUACAGCCAGUAGUGCGACAGCUGAGGGCAAAGAGGGAGCGAAGAGCAAGAAGGCAAGGAGACAAGAAGCAGAUGAAGAGGCGGAGGUGGACGGGCUGGCACAGGAGGACGGAGAGGACAGCGACGCCUUUGCUGCCUUCGAUGCAUUCAUCGCCGCGCCGUCUUCCGCCGAAGACGACAGCGAGGACUCCCUGUCGGACGGGCAUAGGCCGCCGAGUGAAGAGGACUUGGCCAGCGAAGGUGAGAGUGAAGACGAGGACGAGAACGAGGACACAUCAAAUGCAGAUUCAGUCGAUGGCGAUGAUGGGAUACCUGCAUUCCACACCUUCAGCAACGACGAGGACUCCGCGUCCGACUCUGAUGACCUUUCGAUACCCUUGCCCAAGACCAAGAGGAAAACAGCCGACCCCAAGGCCAGUGCCGACUCUAAAUUUCUCCCGACCCUCAGCCACCCCACCUACAUCUCUGGAUCCGAAUCGGAGGCCUCCGAUAUUGAAGUUGCCCCGCGCAAGAACCGACGCGGCCAGAAAGCGCGUCAAAAAAUCUGGGAGCAGAAGUACAAGGACCAGGCAAAGCACAUAGUGAAGCAGGAACGCGAUCGGGGUUGGGAUGCGAAGCGUGGCGCUGUAGCCGAACGGGGUGCAAGGAACGGAAGGGGCGGGCCACCGCGCGGCAGGGGCCCUGAGAUCAGUGGUGCGAACGAGUUACCACUUGGGCCGAAGAAGCCAAAGAGGGACGAUGCAGGCAUGCUGCACCCGAGUUGGCUGGCAGCGAAGGCGGCCAAGGAAAAGAAGAUGGACGUGAAGCCCAUGGGCAAGAAGGUGGUGUUUGACUGAGCUUGGCAGUGAGUGCUUCAUCAGAGCACGGAAAAUAUAAGACGAUACCCACACGCUG